GCUGAACUUCCUGCAGAAAUUAAGGACUGGGAUAAAGAUGAUGUAAGACAAUAGAUUCUUGGAUUAAAAGGUGUGGAAAAUAAAAAUGCAGAGAUUCUCUAUGAGCAGGAUAUUAAUGGACCAAGUCUUCUAUUGAUGGACAGAUCUACUCUUACCCAGAUAGGCAUUAUGCUGGAAACAGCAAUUCUGAUUAUUGAUGAGAGAGAUAAAUUGAAGGCUCACCAGUCAAACCGCUCAGGAAGCCAGUUUGGUAAUUCAUGUAAACCCUAUCCUUUUAAUCAGUUCCAUGCUGCCUACAGAUACAUGGAAAACAAUGUACUUGAUGUAAUAGAAACAGGCAAUCUAAACUUCAUAGAACCAUGUCAUGAGUACAAAGCAUUUAUUAAUUUCCAAAACGUGACACCAGAGGAAAAGCUAAAAAAGUUCACAGAUGAGGUUAUUCGAUUUGCUGCCGCUUGCAUGAACAGUCGUACUAAUGGUACAAUUCAUUUUGGAGUUGGUGAUUUACCAGAAUAUAGUCAUAGACAAAUUUUAGGUUCUAGUGUUGAAGACAGAAAAAGCAUUUGGUAAUAAACUAGCAUACAUGAUUAAGGGUCAGUUUGAACAUAAACACACUCAAACGGCAAAAAAAAUGCAUUAAACCACCAAGGUUUGUUGAGGUUUUUGGGACAAACAUGAUAUUUUCAGGAAAAUAUGUAAUCGAAGUAGAUGUUGAACCAUCCUUCUUAGUUUGUAAAGACAGCUUCUUUCACAUCUACAAUGUAUACUCAAGAAAAUCAAAACAAUCUAAAACUAAAAUCGAUAAACAAUAUGGGAAAGACAAAUCUAGAAGAAGCAUUUAUGAGCUCAGUUUUGCUGAGAUUAAUGGUACUGUCCUUGGUCUGUGGUCAGAAAAUCGCAAAUCAAGCAGAUUUUUGCCUGCUGAUGGUGGUAAGGUUUUAUUACCAAAGAAAGUGGAGGGCGACAUGGAUGCAUUAGACAUUUUAUGUGUAAACCAAUGUGAAGGAGGCAAUGAAGACAAACUUGAACUUGAAGAAGCUUUUUACAAGGGAGGAAAGGUAUGCUGGUGGAACUUAUACUUUUCAGAGCUGCCAGGAUCAAUGCCGUUUAUCAAACGAGAUAAGUUUGACUACAUCAUUAAUACCAUCAUUCCUGAUGUGGGCUCCCUCAGACAAGCUUGUGUUCGCUUCAAUGUAUUGCAUCUUCCUGGUUGUGGAGGAACAACUUUGGCCAUGCAUGUUUUGUGGACAUUAAAAGAGAAAUUCCGUUGUGCAAUACUAAAAAACAAAGAAGUUGGUGAUGAAGAUAUAGCACAACAGGUAGUUAACUUGUUGACAUUUGAGACAAUGGAGCAGCAAGCACGACUUUCAGUGCUGCUCCUGAUAGAUGACUUUGAAGACUUUCAAGCUGUGAAUGAUCUCCAGCUGCACAUUCAAAAGGAAUGUCAGAAGAGAAAAGUUUUUGACAAGUCUCCACAGGUCAUCAUUCUCAACUGUAUGAGGGCUGACUCACAGCAGCAGACUGAAUCAACAGAUGACACAGUAUUCAUUGGUAACAAGCUCUCUGAGAAGGAACAAAUGUUAUUUGAAAAAAAGCUAGAGGAAAUUGAAAGGAUUUACACAAAUACUGAAACAUUCUAUGGUUUCAUGAUCCUGAAGAAAGACUUUUCUCCAGAGUACAUACAGGGUGUUGUAAAAAAUACACUGAGGGCUUUGACUUUACAAAGAGAUGCUCAACUCAUUGCAAUACUUGUACUCAUGAAUUGUUACUGCUAUUAG